AUGCGCUACAUCCACAGUGAGGAGACCUUGGAGGUCCCUUCUAAUGUCAAGGUUUCCAUCAAGUCGAGACUUGUCACAGUCGUGGGCCCGCGAGGCAAGCUUGUGAAGGACCUGAGCCAUCUGGCUGUCAGCUUCUCCAUCCUCAAGCCGGGCGUGAUUGGUAUCGAGAUCCACCAUGGCAACCGCAAGAACGUCGCCACCCUCCGUACCGUCCGGACGCUCAUCAACAACUUGAUCAUCGGUGUGACGAGGGGCUUCAAGUACAAGAUGCGUUAUGUUUACGCCCAUUUCCCCAUCAACGUAAACCUGAGCGUCAGCCCGGAGACCGGCUGCCACGAGGUUGAGAUCCGCAACUUCAUCGGCGAGAAGAUUGUCCGGAGAGUGAUCAUGCAAUCCGGCGUCAGCGUCGAGAUCUCCAAGGCGCAGAAGGACGAGCUUAUCCUCACCGGAAACUCGCUCGAGGCUGUCUCCCAGAGCGCUGCGGAUAUCCAGCAGAUCUGCAGAGUGCGGAACAAGGAUAUCCGAAAGUUCCUUGAUGGUCUCUACGUCUCGGAGAAGGGAAACAUCGAGGACGUCGUGGUUUGA